GUGCGACUGCCGCUGUCGUAAAGGCGGCGUGCGCGACAGUGCCGCGCCUUACGGUUCUCCGUGGUUACAGUGCUAAACGGGUGCGUCGGGGCAAGGCGCUAGGGGAGCGGUCGCCGUGCUUGACUAGGAGAUACGCGAUGUUUCUACAAAAUGUUCGCACUGAAUCAUGCUUACGUUUCAUUGCGCGUGUAUACCCGACUUAAAAAGUAACAAUUAAUUCCCUGAUGCUCUGUUCACGCCAGUGCUGUAUCAGGCCAUGGACUGGGACCAGUUUGACCUGAACCCUAAAGUGAUUGCUGCCCUUAAGAAAGCUGACAUAAAAUCAAUAAAAGAGGUUUUAAAUCUUUCUGGAGCAGACUUGCAAAGGUUGAUGAAGCUGUCCAGUGCCGAUGUAGAGUGUUUGCUGAAAACGGUCUCUCGCGCUCUGAGGAAAAACUGUAUGCUUACAGCACUUCAGCUCUACCAAGAUAAGGAUUGUCUCUCCUCCCAGUGCCAGAAGCUAAGCCUGGGAUGUUCAGUGCUAGAUAACUUGUUAAGAGGUGGCAUUCCUUUAGUGGGAAUCACAGAAAUUGCUGGAGAAAGUUCUGCUGGGAAGACUCAAAUUGGUUUGCAGCUGUGCCUUUGUGUGCAGUAUCCUUACAGAUACGGAGGAUUAGAGUCGGGAGCUGUCUACAUUUGUACAGAAGAUGCAUUCCCAAGUAAACGUUUGCAGCAGCUGAUAGCUCAACAGCAUAAGCUGCGUGCGGAUGUGCCACCUGAAAUCAUACAAAAGAUCAGAUUUGGGAAUAGUAUCUUUGUUGAGCAUGCAGCAGAUCUGGACACCUUCCACAAGUGCAUUACGAAGAGGAUCUCCGUCCUGCUCACAAGAGGCGUGGUGCGCUUGGUGGUCAUCGAUUCCAUCGCUGCUCUGUUUCGAUGCGAAUUCGGAGCUUCAGACUCCAUUCUGAAGGCUCGCUAUUUGCAGACGUUUGGAGCGCAGCUUCAUGGCUUAAGCACCAGAUUCAGGGCUCCAAUAAUGUGCAUUAAUCAGGUGACCGACGCGGUGAGUGAGGCAGAAGCUGUGCAGUGUGGGGACAGUUCUGCUAGCAGAGUCUUUCCAGCACUCGGAAUAACCUGGGCGAAUCAGCUGCUGAUGAGGUUGAUGGUCAGCCGAGUGCCGCAGCCUGAACCGUUACCUGGAGCCGUGUCACACCUCCCUGCAAGCGUGAGGACUUUAAGAGUAGUUUUUGCUCCACAUCUGCCUCCCUCCUUUUGCUGCUAUACAGUAAAAUUGGAAGGUGUGAAAGGAAUGAAGUCAGUCCUUGGUGCAGUAUAGCACCCCAUUCCAAAAAUGCAUCGAACCUGCUUUGCUUCAGGAAGAAACAUGAGUGAAAUGAAAUCUUCCUCGAACAGAGAAACGGAUGCUGAAAUACAUAAAAGGUGAUAUGACAAUAACAUUAAGCAUUUCUUUUUACAUUGUGAAAAUACUCUCUUUUUGUAUUUGGAUACAAGUUCAGCAGCCUCUCACUGUGAGAUAGGUGUUCUGGAGAAUAAUCCUUACUGCAAGGCUGAUGGGCGGCACCUUCAGCUGUUCUCAUCCACACAGCUGCUGCUCUCCUCAGAGGCUGUUAGAGCUUUACAUGUUUUUCUUCCUAAGACUAGCUGCUCUGAGUGCUCUUUCGAAUCCUUGCUGCAUUCAGGCUGAAAGGCAGCUCCAUGAACUUAUUUGUCCACGCUUUCCAAAGGCCUCAAAACUCCCUGUGCUUGGUGGGUGUGUGCGGUGAGCAGUGGGUGCUGCUCACUUGUAUCACGUAUCUGUUAAGCUUUCACACGUUUCCCUCUCACCCUUCUCCCUCUUCCCCCAGCUUCCCAAUCUCUAUUUGUAAGUGACCGGGGUAAUUUUUUAAAUUAUUUUUUUUAAAUAAAAUCCAACCAUGACGAUUUUAA